CCAGGGUCCAUCGCCAUUUUCUUGGGUUGCUGCAAUUUUAACUGCGCACCUGCCGCUGCUGCGCUGCUGCUACCACAGCCGCUAUUGCCACCGCCACCGCCACCGCCACCUCUGUUGCCAUGGCCGAUGAGAAUAAUAGCCUGAAGGAAGAGGAGGAGAAAGUGAAGCCCGAAUACGGGGCCGUUGCCUGUGAGGGAGUCGAGGUGAAACUGGAUGAGAUGAAGCCCGACGAGAUGAAGCCGGUCGAGGUGAAGCCGGACGAGAUGAAGCCGGUCGAGGUGAAGCCGGACGAGAUGAAGCCGGACGAGAUGAAGCCGGUCGAGGUGAAGCUGGACGAGAUGAAGCCGGACGAGAUGAAGCCGGUCGAGGUGAAGCCGGUCGAGGUGAAGCCGGACGAGAUGAAGCCGGUCGAGGUGAAGCUGGACGAGGUGAAGCCGGUCGAGGUGAAGCUGGACGAGGUGAAGCCGGUCGAGGUGAAGGCGGACAAGGUGAAGGCGGAUGAGGAGAAGCCGGCCGAGGAGAAGCGGGCGGAGGAGGACGAGGAGUGGAUGAAGAUGGAGGUGGAGAUGGGCGCCGACAGCUAUUCGGAAGACGUCAGCUCCGAGGAGCCGGAGCUGGACCUGUCCCUGCUGGAGCUGACGGUGGACCGCGAGAAGUGCAGGCACAUCCGCAGGCAGUACCGGCAGCUCAUCUACACGGUGCAGCAGCACCGCGAGGACAUCGUGAACACGGCCAGCGACACGCUCACCGAGGCCCUGGAGGAAGCCAACGUGCUGUUUGACGGGGUGAGCCGCACCCGGGAGGCCGCGCUCGAUGCCCAGUUCCUUGUCCUGGCUUCGGACUUGGGUAAGGAGAAAGCGAAGCAGCUGAACUCUGAUAUGAACUCAUUCAAUUACGUGGCCUUUUGUGACUUGCUGUUCUCGUUUGUGGGCCUGAACUGGAUCGAGGAUGAGUUUGAGGAGCUGAGUGAUUGCGGGGAUAGUGUGGCGCUGUCCUUCUGGGAGGCGGUGCACAAGGAGUCUAUGUGUUGGAUAAAGCAAGCCGAAACGUUCCACUUCAUUUUCGGUUCGUUCAAAGCAGAGCCUUCUACACGCAAGCGCAGACUUGAGUACAAAAGAGCUCACAAAAUGGAAGAAAAUGGCGAUAUGCCUACAAAGCUGCGGAAAUUGGAUGUGCAUGCCAACCAAGAGACCACCGAAAAAGAAGUAGAACGCAUCUUGGGGUUGUUGCAAACCUACUUUCAAAAAUACCCUGAUACUCCUGUGUCCUAUUUUGAGUUUGUGAUUGAUCCACACUCUUUCUCCCGCACUGUGGAGAAUAUCUUUUAUGUGUCUUUUAUCAUAAGGGAUGGCUUUGCAAGAAUAAGGCUUGACCAAGACCGCCUGCCAGUAUUAGAGCCAACUAAUAUCAACAAGGUGGAUGAAGACACUGAUGCCAGCUCCUACAGCAGGAAGCAAGGAGUGAUAUCUUUGAGCUUACAGGACUGGAAAAACAUUGUCUCAACGUUUGAAAUUUCAGAGGCCAUGAUUAAGAACACAUACUAAAGACUUGUUCAUGAUACAGGCAUUCAUCCUUUCCUGAUGUAUCAGUCUAAGCAUGACCACAUGUUCAAGAACGUGAAGUUGUAACUGUGUAGUGUAUGUUUCUUGGUAAUUUGUAAGGUCAUGGUUUGUCAUUAAAAACUAUUAAUCACCGUG